CUCAUUCUCUGUUAAAGUGUUUUUCUUUUACUUAGUUAUUAUUUCUUUCAAAUUCUCUGCCCCUUACACUAAACCACGGGACACCUUUCUGCUGACGUCAAGUGUUCGCAGAUGACCACCAGAGGACGCCCCUGAGCAGCCUGUUCCACAGGAAGGCUGCAGGAUUUUACCCAGUCAGACCUGAACAACCCUGCUCCUGACAAGUCCUGUCGUGAUUGAAAGAUUCAGACCUCCAGCAUGGACGGUCCGGACGGGUUCCCCGUCUUCUUCCAGGGUCCCAGCCUGAACGAAGAGCAGAGGAGGAGGAUAGAAAAUUAUUUCCAGAUCCGCCGCAAAUCAGGUGGAGGAGAGUGCAGCCCUGUGACGGAGGUGGAGGAGAAAGUUUACAGCAUUGUUUUUAAAGAGAGAGAAGCAGAACCUGGUGUCCAAUCUUUUAUCAAGCUUGUCACUAAGUGGUGAAGAAUAUGAACUACAGCUCGACACAUAUCUUAUUCGAUAUCUGAAGGAAUGUCUAAAUGCCAGGUUAGAACUGGAGAAAAAUCUUGCCUCUAUGUCUUGCUCUGCUGAGUUUCACCCAUUGGAAGAUAAAGUUUUAGUUAAACAAUUGGCUCAGUCUGGUGCUGUAGGUGGAGUCGGUAACUGGAAAUCCAAAGUAGACGAACUGUUUGAAAGUUACACAAGCCACUAUGAGUUAGACUCUCACAAAAUCAAGGCUUUACUGCAAUCCCUCAGCUCUCACCAAAGUGCAGAUGACAUAAAGGUGUACAGUGAGAUUGGAAUUGCCGUUCUUGUUGGAAAAUGUACCCAGGUUACAGCUAUGUUAAAAGACCUAGAGACAUCAUGUGUUAUACAAAGAAAGUCAUGCUCAGGUGAGACAAAAACUACCGUGAUUCGACUUGGUGAGGCCAAACUUCGCCUCCUUCGGAAAGAGAUUGAGCGUAGUUUGAGGGAAAACUUUUCAGAAGUGAAGGCUACUCAGCCAGGUGAUGGUACAUUGUUGUUAGAAGGCUCUGUGGAAGGUAUCUUAAAGGCUAGUGAACUGAUCACUGAAAAGGAAAAUUUGUUGUUCGAGAGGACUGUUUCCAACAAGACCCCACAUUUUUUGGCCUUCUUAAAACAAGUUUAGCCUUAACCCUGUCUCAACUAAAAUUGGACAAGCUUUGGCCAGUGUGGUCGGACCGCUGCUGACAGCCAAGUUUCAUGAGGACACUGGAGGAGUAGCUUUGCCAGGUGAAACAGUUGUUUUAGACAGUUUGCCUGGUUUAAAAUGCAAGACAGUCAUCUUCCUUAACCUAGACCGCUGGGAUAAUAACCAAGAUGGACGACCAAUCCAGGAACUGAAGAAAGGAAUAAGAAAAAUACUAGCAUCCUGUGAGAUCAACAACUUUACUUCAGUUGCUUUUCCAGUGCUUGGAACCGGUGCUCUAUUGCAGUUCCCUCAUAAGAUAGCUUCCAGUGUUCUUCUGGAGGAAGUCCGUGCAUUUGAACAUAAUCGAACCAUCAAAACACCUUUUCUGGUCCGUAUUGUUGUUCAUCCAAAGGAUAAGGAAUCUAGCAAGGUGUCUCCCAAGCCAUUCUGACUGCAGCAGGGCCUUCUGUCAAAGCAGAAUUAGACAACGUGGGCAUUCCCGCAGGAUUGAUGUGCACUACAGGACCCGGAUUGCUUGGAUGUAGAGAAAUAGUUCAUGCUGAUUUUCAAGGCGACCCUCAAUUGACUCGCAAGAACUGCAAGAAGAUACUGUUGCAGUGUGACAGCAAAGGAUUCAGCUCAGUGGCCUUCCCAGCCAUUAAUACUGGACAGGUAGGUAUGAGCCCUGCUGAAGCUUGCAAAGCCAUGCUGGAUGGCAUGGCUUCAGCUAUCGCUGAUCUGAAGCAAACUUCUCUUUCACUGAUCCUCAUUUUCAUCCCGCAAAAGCCGGUCUUUCAAGCUUUCAGAUCUGAACUGGAGAACCGCCUCGGACAAACUGUUCGAUUUAGCCUCAAAGAAAUUGCUUUGCAAAAACUCAAAAUGCUGCACAGGAGGUGUGCAGUAACAUUCUCAACAACUUCCGAAUCUCAAGACCAGUCCUUUCUUUCCUCAAAGCCCCAGCCAGUGGUGUUACAUGUAAUUGGCUGUGGUCAGGACAUCAACAAGACGUGGUUUCCUCAAAAAGGCUCGAUACAGCAUUGAGAAAAUUGAGCGCAUCCAGAAUGUCUACCUUUGGCACGCCUUUAACGUGUGUCGCCAGCGCAUAACUGCAAAGAACGGUGUAGCAGAACUGGGUGAGAAGUUUCUGUACCACGGCACAUCAGCGGAGUCAUGCAACUGCAUUGAAAGAGACAGAUUUGACAGGAGUUAUGCCGGCACGCAUGCUGCUGUAUAUGGAAGAGGAGUGUACUUUGCUGUCAAUGCAAAUUAUUCAGCUGACAGAUUUGCUCCAGCAGAUGCGUCAGGCCUGAAGCGGGUGUAUGUUGCUCGUGUACUUACAGGCCGUUAUACAGUUGGUAAAUCCUCCAUGAUAGCCCCUCCGCCUCGAGGUUCUGACCCAACYGACUGCUUCAACAGYUUGGUGGACAACCAGCAGCAACCCUCCAUGUUCAUUAUCUUUCACGAUGACCAGGCCUACCCAGAAUACCUCAUUACCUUCAAAUGAGUGAGAAUAAGAAMAGUUAAUAUUGUCUUGGAUCUAAUACUGUGAUGUACUUUAGAUUUUAAAAAUACAGUCUUUACUGAUUGUUGCAAUACUGAUGCCAAUUCAAAGGUGCCAUAAUCAUUUGUAAAGUUGUGAUGAAGGAAAUCAGCUACUUCUCUUAAACAAUAAUAUUGCCUGACCACCAUGGGGUCAAGAGCCUUCAGCUGUUCRGCCCCCCGCCUGUGGAACUCUCUCCCUCUGGACCUUAUCAAUUCCAUCUCCAUUACAUCAUUCAAAUCUCAACUCAAAACCUGUUCAAUCUGUUCAAGAAAGCAUACACAUUUGAACCAUAAAUCUACCAACCAGUAUUCUCAUAGUUUACACUAUUUUAUUUUGUUUUAUUUUAACUGAUUUAUUGCUUUUAUUGUGUUUAUUGUUUUAUUGUGGUUUUUAUUGUUGACUUCUGUAAGGUGACCUUGAGAGUUUUGAAAGGCGCCUAUAAAUAAAAUGCAUUAUUAUUAUUGUUAAUAUGUAUUGGCAUUGUCGCCUAUUCUGUACUGAUCCCAAAGACGGACGUUAACCAUAUCUCCAACUUGCAGCAGUAAGAUAACGCUGUUUGAUCCAGAGUAGGGGUGAUUUGCACUAUGACCCCACCAUGACACAAGCCUGUUUCCAUUAUGUCACAAACAUCCACCCAUUGCUCCAAACCCCCCAUCUAAUAAAUGGCUGAGAAAAUACAUUUUAAAGGCUUCCAAAUUAAUUAUUAGACUUACAGCACUUAAACAAUAAAGCUGUUUAAAACAUUUUAAAAUGUAAAGAUAAUAGAAUAAACUUUAUUUCUUUUCUUUAUGACCUCUUGAGUAUUGUUCUGGAUAAGUUCACUUUAAAGAGGUACAAGGAAUUUCAAGGUUAACUUGGUUAUAAAAUGAGCUAACAUGAAAKACUUUAAAUGGAAUUUUAUCAGCAACAAGCUGCUUGUUGAGAUAUUGGGCACAUAAGUGUUUUAAUCUUAGUAGUCUUGUAUAAACUUCUGUAGUGUCCUAAGAGUGGGGGUUUGUCUCAGGAAUGCCCACGUGUGGCUCAUCGGCCAUUCAGCUUCAGAGUUCCACACACAUCACCAUUUUAGGACAACGUUUGAGGUACACCGUGAUUUAUGUACAUCUGUUGCUUGAAAACCUUUGUACACCCCCACCUUGGGGCCUUUCUUUCUCCGACUUUCGUACUGGAGAAAUCAAUUGGCUGAAGGCCACAAUUUGAUCUUAGGCUGUAUUUUUGAUCUGCAGUAAUAAAGUUGCUUGCUGUUCAAACCA